AAAAAUAUUAUUGGAAUUUAAAUAGAACGAUGGAACACGUUUGUUCAGACGUAAAAUUAAAUAGCAAUCACAUUUCUGGGAUCCGCAAAAGAUCUCUGCAUGACAGUGAUAGGAUCGAGAAGAUAGAGAAAAAGCAGGUGGAACCUGUUUUCUUAUUACCACAAGAAUUGAUUGACUCUUUAGAUUGCAAAAGACUGAAGCACAUGCAAGAUAAUCGCGACGUUCGCAGAAGACGAGAGAAAAGAUUCUUGGAAACUUCAUACACUGGAAAGCGUCUGCAAAACGAGAAUUUUCGAAGAUACUUGAUCGGACUGAUAGUGAAACCUGGAAUACCAAAUGAGGCAUUAGAUUUGUAUAAUGAUAAUGAAAUUAAUCGCUAUUAUUAUUACAUUCGUAAUGGCAUGGAUACUAUUCACGUAGCUCCCAUCGAAGUGGAGAAUUUAUUGAAAAUUCUUAAUCUGAUACCCCACAAAUUUCGUGAGAGAUUUCCAGAGUCCGUCAAAUCAAUAAUUAACGAAAUCAAGGAGAAUUUUAUUGUCGCUAUCAAGAAAUCGAUAGUCGAUUUCGUUAUGAAGAAUCCAUUCGAACAGGAUGCUCCAGAAGAGGGGAACGAGACAAAGGAACGUUACGAAGUGAAAUACUUUCCAAGAGAAUUCGUCCUGAAUUUUCAGCUGUAUCGGUGCAGACUGAAGAGAGGUCUUUAUCUAAUAAACCCAUGCAUGCGAUUCACCUUAGAACAAUGGAUCCGCUAUUACAAGUCCUUCCGGUUGAUUGAUCUUGACGAAAUAAAGAGUGCCACCGAGACUUGGGACAUUAUGAACUUUCAAAACACUAUAUCACGUCAGAUCGAAACAGCCCGUGACAUCUUGAAGAACUCGUGGUUCGACGGGAUACAACAUAUUUUUCUUCUGAAUGACCGGAAGGGACUCGUACCGUCUCCCACGCAGAAAAAAGAGUUUAAGAGAUUUUUCGACUGCGCUGCUAAACUGAUGGAGAAUCAACUGCUGUCAAUUUGUAAAUAUAGUCUGGCCGAUUUUGUCUCUUAUAUCUUGAAAGUCGGCGACUCGGGCUAUGGCUUCAAACUGCACAUAAUCAUCAAAUCCAAGGAACUUGCAUUCGAGCCACCCUGUAGAUACUUUACAGAAAUCUUUUGCUCCAUUCUCGAUGCAAUUUGCGACGCUGUCGCGCGAUUCGAUCGAUUGGAGGAGCAACUUUAUCUCGAUUGGUCCGAGCCGCACUCUUAUUUGAAGCCAAAAGUCUCGACCACCACAGUUGACCAGUAUAAGAAGCAAAUUGCUGAUUUUAUUGAACAGCAAACAUGUAGAUUUGGGGAAAUAAUGGACGAGUUGCGUAGAUAUGCUCCCUUGUUCAACGAUGAAGAAUUAAAUAACGUCAUCAAGUUUCUAUCCGACGAGACGAAGACCUUCGAAGAAUACCAGGAGACUCUUAUUCGUUAUGAUACGCUUGUCAAUGAAAUACCAAUGGAGAACAAUGAAACUAUUUUUGCUGGUUUCUUCGAAAUCGUGCUUAAGGAUUAUAUUAAAAUGUUGGUCUACUCAGCAAUGUCCUUUAAGAACGCCAUCAUAGAGAGGAUGGUCUUGUAUUAUCAAUCUAAUGCAAAGUUAGCCGGCGAAGAGUAUCAAGCGAUUGCUAACCGUGCCCUAAGUCAGCCACCGAAUACGGCAGCCUUAAUGGAAUUGAUUGAAUUUAUGAGAAAUGCCGAAGAGAUCACUUUAAAGGAAUUAGAAAAUGUUCUUCUGCAUGUUUUGGAAAAUAUUGUUUUUCUAAGUGACUACUGGUUAUCGACUGAUGCUGAGAUCAGGGUGAAUAACAAUGCCUUUCAGUGGUAUCACCGUAUGCCCCAAAUCCUUGAAGAUCACAGACUAAUAGUUGAAAAUAAGACCCAGGACUUUCAAGAGGCUCUGAAAGUAAGAUAUCAGCGGUUCGAAGAGGAGCUGGAAUCGUAUUCCAAACAGGUGGAAGACAUUCAAUACUGGGGCGAUGUCGAUGAAGUAUUCCGCUACCAGAAAAAAGCGCAGAAUCUUGAAAAUAAACUGAUAGCUGCUAUGGAAAAGAUAGAUAAAUUUAAUGAGGAGGAAGUCUCCUUUGGUUGGGAAACCACGCAGUAUCCACUUCGCAAAAAAAUUGCUGAUCGAUUAGUACCGUUUAAAAAGCUUUUCGAUAGCGCCUGCGAGUUCCUCAUGAAAUAUGAGAAGUGGACAGGAUCUAUGAUUGGAUCUUACAAUCCUGAGGACAUCGAUAACGAUGUGGGAGUAGCUUACAGAACGAUCUACAAGCUGGAGAAGGCGUUCCAGGAACCAGAGCCGAAAAUGCUGGCUGGAUUGGUCCGAGAAAAAAUUGAAGAUUUCAAAGAUCACAUGCCUGUGAUAAUGAUGCUGGGAAAUCCUGGCAUGAAGCUACGACACUGGGAGCAGGUCUCUGAUGUAGUGGGCUUCCCCAUUAAGGUCGAUGCUGAUUUGACUCUGGGGAAGGUCCUCGAAAUCAAUCUAGAUGCCUUCAUAGACGAAUUUGAAAGUAUAUCGGAGGCUGCCACUAGGGAGAGCACGUUGGAAAAGAAUAUGGAUAAAAUGUAUAAAGAUUGGAUCCAAGUGGUCUUCACGGUAAAUCCUUAUAAGGAUACAGGGACUUACGUGGUAGCAGGAGUAGACGAAAUUCAAUUGAUGCUGGAUGAUCAUAUUACGAAGUCGAUGACUAUGAAGAAUUCACCGUACAUCAAGCCCUUCGAGGCCCAGAUAAUAAAGUGGGAAAACAUGUUGCACCUCCUGCAAGAUAUCCUGGACCAGUGGCUCAAAGUCCAGGGCAUCUGGAUGUACCUGGAACCUAUAUUCUCUUCGCCAGACAUCCAACAGCAAAUGCCUGAAGAAGGUCGAAGAUUCAGUGCUGUGGACAAGACAUGGCGCGAUAUUAUGAAGACGGUCCAGGCAGACUCCAGAGUCCUUUCAGUCGUUAAGAUCGAUAAGAUGCUCGAGAGGCUGAAGAAGAGUAUGGGGCUGCUGGAUCUCAUCCAGAAAGGGUUGAACGAAUAUCUCGAGAAGAAGAGACUCUUCUUUCCUAGAUUCUUCUUUCUGUCCAAUGAUGAGCUCUUGGAGAUACUUUCUGAGACGAAGGAUCCCACAAGAGUGCAGCCACACUUGAAGAAGUGCUUCGAAGGUAUCGCCAAGCUACAUUUCGACAAGGAUCUUGAUGUGCAUAAGAUGAAGUCCGCUGAAGGCGAGGAGGUUUCGCUGGUCGACGUGAUAUCUACUGCUGCUGCGAGAGGUCAAGUAGAGAAAUGGCUUCUGGAACUAGAGACCGACAUGCGUAAGAGUGUUCAUCGCAUGGUGUUUCUCGCCAUCGAAGCAUAUCCAAUUAAAGAGAGAACGACCUGGGUCCUGGAAUGGCCUGGUCAGGCUGUUCUCUGCGUUGGCCAGCUUUACUGGACACAGCAAGUUGAGGAAUCCAUGUUAGAUGGAGUCAAUGGUCUGAAAUCUUAUCUGGACCAGUGCCAGGACGAACUCAAUGAGAUCAUUCUACUUGUCAGAGGAAAGCUUUCCAAGCAGAAUCGCAUAACGCUGGAGGCCCUCGUUACAUUGGACGUGCACGCCAAGGAUGUGCUGACCGAUCUCUGGAAAGAAGGGGUUGUCAAAAAUAAUGACUUCCGAUGGCUCUGCCAACUUCGAUAUUAUUGGCAGGAGAACAACAUGUGGUCCUACAUGAUAAAUUCCAACUUACGUUACGGUUAUGAAUACCUGGGUAAUACUUCACGUUUGGUCAUUACACCACUGACUGAUCGAUGCUACCGUACCCUCUUCGGCGCUCUAAGUCUCCACUUGGGAGGUGCUCCGGAAGGCCCAGCAGGAACCGGAAAAACGGAAACUACGAAGGACUUGGCGAAGGCCGUAGCCAAACAAUGCGUCGUUUUCAACUGUUCGGAUGGUCUGGACUACAUAGCCCUUGGAAAAUUUUUCAAAGGCCUCGCAUCCUGCGGAGCCUGGUCCUGUUUUGACGAGUUCAACAGGAUCGACCUGGAGGUCCUCUCCGUAGUCGCUCAGCAGAUUCUUACGAUUCAGCGAGGAAUCAAUUCCGGCGCCGAGAAACUCCUCUUCGAGGGGACCGAGAUCUUCCUGGAUCCCACGUGCGCAGUUUUCAUCACAAUGAAUCCCGGAUACGCGGGCAGAUCUGAAUUGCCUGAUAAUCUUAAAGCCCUCUUCAGAUCCGUGGCCAUGAUGGUGCCUGAUUAUGCUCUUAUCUCUGAGAACACCUUGUAUUCUUUUGGGUUUUACAAUGGCAGGCCAUUGGCUGUUAAGAUUGUAACAGCAUAUAAACUCUGCUCGGAACAAUUAAGCAGCCAGUGUCAUUACGAUUACGGAAUGAGAGCCGUAAAGUCGGUUCUAACGGCAGCCGGGAAUCUGAAAUUGAAAUAUCCCGAUGAAUCUGAAGACAUUUUGCUUCUCAGGAGCAUAAAGGAUGUAAAUCUCCCAAAGUUCCUAAGUCAUGACUUACCCCUUUUCCAUGGAAUUGCUUCCGAUCUCUUCCCAGGAGUCGUUCUCCCGGAUCCAGAUUACACGCAUCUCAAUGCAUGCGCCAGAGAGGCCUGCGAGAAUGCGAAUCUCCAAUGCACUGAUUCCUUCCUCGAGAAGAUACAGCAGAUCUUCGAGAUGAUGAUAGUGCGUCACGGCUUCAUGAUAGUGGGUCUACCGUUCGGUGGAAAGACUUCAGCCUACAGGAUGCUCGCCGACUGCCUCGCGCUUCUUGAGGAACGUAAACUUAUGAACGAGCAUCGUGUCGAGAUUACAGUCAUCAAUCCAAAGUCGAUUACGAUGGGCCAGUUGUAUGGCCAAUUUGACCCAGCAUCCCACGAAUGGAGCGACGGUGUGCUGGCAGUAAGCUACAGAGCUUUUGCCGUUUCUACUAACGAGAAUCGUAAAUGGCUCAUCUUCGAUGGACCCGUCGACGCCAUCUGGAUUGAGAACAUGAAUACAGUACUUGAUGAUAAUAAAAAGCUCUGUUUGAUGUCCGGAGAAAUCAUUCAACUGGCGCCAACCACCAAUCUCAUUUUUGAACCCAUGGAUUUGGAGGUCGCUUCACCCGCAACCGUCUCCAGAUGUGGAAUGAUAUACAUGGAGCCAGUUGCCCUAGGCUGGACCCCUCUUCUCAACUCCUGGUUAAAUAUCUUACCCAGUAGUUUAAGUGAACAUAUUAAAAAUCAUCUGAAGGAUAUGUUUUUGAGAUUUUGUCCGGCGCUGUUGCAUCUGAUACGUCGAUGCGGUGCAGUGGAAAUGUUGUCUAUGCCAGAUGCGAACUUGACUAGAUCAGUGAUGUAUCUAUUCGACUGUUUCCUGGAUGAUUUCACGGAUAAAAAAUUCUUGGAUUCAACUACCGACUUAGAGAUGCGAGCACAAAUCGAAGGUUCCUUUUUCUUCUCCUGCAUUUGGGGAAUGGGCGGCACGUUGUUGGUGCCUUACCGAGAGUGGUUCAGUACUCUUUUUAGAGCUCUGAUGCAACGUGAAUUAUCUCCGGAAAUUAAGGAUCGCUUCUACAUAUCCGAAGAAACAACAAGUCCCAAAAAACCCUACGUCACGCUUAUUCCGAAUGCUGGGCUCGUCUACGAUUACAUGUACACAAAGGAAGGGAAAGGAAUUUGGAAGCUGUGGUCGGAUGAACUGCUGGAUGUUCCUCCUAUACCGCGAGAUCUUCCAGUCAAUCAAAUAAUAGUGGCCACAGUCGAGACUGUUCGCUACUUUAAUCUCUUUAAAAAAUUAGUCUCCCAUAACAAGCCAUUGCUCCUUGUGGGCCCCACCGGCACCGGAAAAUCUGUCUACAUAAUGGAAUUUCUACUGAAGAAGAACAACGUGCAAAUAUUCAAGCCGCUAUUCGUCACAUUUUCCGCUCAGACUACGGCCAACCAAACGCAGGACAUUAUUAUGAGUAAAAUGGAUAAAAGACGUAAAGGCGUCUACGGAGCCCCGCCAGGGAAACAUUGGGUCAUUUUCGUAGAUGAUCUCUCAAUGCCUGCCAAGGAAGAGUAUGGCGCGCAACCUCCAAUAGAAUUACUGCGGCAAUGGCUGGACCAUUGGACCUGGUACGACCGAAAGGACAUUGUUCCAGUGAGGCUAGUGGACAUGCAAUUGGUUUGCGCGAUGGGCCCGCCGUCUGGCGGCUUGGACGUCACACCAAGAUUCAAACGGCACUUCUUCGUUCUGGCCAUUUCUGAAUUUGAGGAUGACGUGAUGGUCACGAUUUUUGGAAGAAUAAUGACCUGGCAUCUGACUUCACGUGGAUUUUCACCGUAUUUCGAGCCCUGCGUCGAGCAGGUCGUUUAUGCCACUUUGGAUAUUUACAAAGAGAGUCUAAAGUACCUCCUGCCCACUCCAGCCAAGUCGCACUACUUAUUUAAUCUUCGAGACUUCUCCCGGGUCAUCCAGGGUAUCCUACUAUCCACUCCGGAGUCCUUCUCUGACUUGAAUGGUAUGAAACGCUUAUGGGUCCAUGAAAUACUCCGCGUCUAUGGAGAUCGUUUGGUAGAUGAAUCUGACACCUUUUGGUUAAUCGAGCAAAUACGUACGACUCUGCAGGAACGAAUGAGCGAGGACAUGAACAGCCUGUUUGCCGAUUUUCUUGAAAAACCUGGUGAAUCGAUAACUGAGACGGAAUUGCGAAAUCUGGUGUACUGCGACUUCCAGGAUCCACUGGCAGAUAAAAGACUGUAUCUCGAAGUAGAGAACUUGGAUGUACUCGCCCGAACGGUCGAGGACUAUUUGGCUGAAUACAAUUCGAUAACGAAGGCACCGAUGAAUCUUGUGUUGUUUAGAUUCGCUGUGGAGCAUCUUUCAAAAAUCAGUCGAAUAAUCAAGCAGCCCCGAAGCCACGCUCUGCUGGUCGGCGUUGGGGGUUCUGGUCGUCAGUCAUUGACUCGCUUGGCAGCACAUAUAGCCGAGUACGAGAUUUUCCAAGUUGAAAUUUCAAAACAGUACGGAAACCACGAGUGGCACGAAGACCUGAAGACCAUCCUGCGCAGAAGUUCCGGAAGCGAUCUGCACACGGCUUUUCUCUUUACCGAUAUGCAGAUCAAGGAGGAGUCCUUCUUAGAGGACAUCAGCAACCUGCUGAAUGCUGGGGAAGUUCCGAAUCUAUUUCAAACUGACGAGAAGGCAGAAAUCUGCGAGAAGAUGCGGCAAAUAGAUAGACAGCGUGACAAAUCCGUGCAAACAGACGGAAGUCCAGUUGCCCUCUUCAAUUUCUUCAACCAGGUCAUCCGCGAGCAGCUUCACAUAGUCGUGGCAAUGUCGCCCAUUGGCGAGGGAUUCCGUACGCGGAUUCGCAAGUUUCCAGCUUUGGUGAAUUGCUGCACGAUCGACUGGCUGCGUCCUUGGCCCGAGGAUGCACUUUUGGCUGUCGCGACGAAAUUCCUAGGCGAAAUCAAUAUGCCUCAGGAUGAGCGCACCGCGUGCAUCGAGAUGUGUCAGACGUUUCAUACAUCCACCCAGGAGCUUUCAGGGGAAUUCCUUAGGCACGCGCGAAGACACAAUUACGUGACCCCUACUUCCUACCUGGAGCUUAUCAACACGUUCAAGGAUCUGCUGGACAAGAAAAGGACUGAGGUGCUUCAGGGCAAGAAGAGAUACGAGGCAGGACUGGGAAAGCUUGACGGAACUCAUAAGCAGGUCGCCAAAAUGCAGGAAAUCUUGGUUGCUCUUCAACCGAAGUUGAUCGUCGCCGCUAAGGACGUCGAGAGGAUGUUGCUGAAUGUGCAAAAAGAGAAUGAGGAAGUAUCCGUAAUUGAACAAACGGUUAAGAAGGACGAGGAGGCGGCCAAGCUGGUAGCUGCGGGCGCAGAAGAAAUUCGAGCGGAAUGCAAUGCCGAUUUGGAACUGGUGAUGCCGAUUCUGAAUGCUGCCAAUACUGCCCUAAACACUUUGACACCUCAAGACAUUCAGAUCGUCAAGUCCAUGAAGAAUCCUCCUGCAGGAGUGAAGUUGGUAAUGGAGGCCGUUUGUAUCCUGAAGGACGUAAAGCCUGAGCGCGUUCCCGGCGAAGGAGGGAAGAUGGUGGACGAUUAUUGGAAGCCUUCGCUGAGGGUGCUGGGGGACAUGAAGUUCUUGGAGUCUUUGAUGCUCUUCGACAAGGACAAUAUACCUGAAAAAAUCAUAACGAAGAUACGCACGACCAUUCUGACCAACCCGAACUUCGAUCCAGACAAGAUUAGAAAUGCUUCCACCGCCGCUGAAGGUUUGUGCAAGUGGGUGUUUGCUCUUUCCGAAUAUGACACAGUCGCCCGCGUGGUGGCGCCAAAGAAGGUUGCCCUGGCCAAGGCGGAAGCGACGUACGCCGAGGCGAUGAGCAAGCUGGAAGAGAAGAGGGCCAAAUUAAAGGAAGUCCAGGAUCGUUUAGCUAAAUUGGAAGAACUCCUGGCGCGUAGAAGGGCCGACUACACGGCCAUGACGGAUGAGGUCGACGAGUGCGAGCAGAAGCUCAGGAGAGCCGAGGAACUGAUCGGUGGUCUCGGUGGGGAAUACAACAGGUGGUCGGAAACAGCUAAGAAUUUAGGAGAACGAUAUUUCAAACUUACUGGAGAUAUUCUUAUCGGUUCCGGAAUCGUCGCUUAUCUUGGUGUCUUCACUGCGCACUAUAGACAGAAGCAAGUCGAGAGUUGGGUCAAGGUGUGCACGGACCUUGGAGUGACUUGCACGCAGGAUUAUCAGCUGACGCAAGUCCUGGGGGAUUCAGUUCUCAUUAGAUCCUGGAACAUUUAUGGGCUGCCCAGUGAUUUGUUCUCCGUGGACAAUGGUAUAAUCGUGACCAAUUCAAGAAGAUGGCCGCUGAUGAUCGAUCCCCAGGGACAGGCUAACAAGUGGAUUAAAAAUAUGGAGAAAAGUGCCAAUAUACACGUGGUCAGACUCACGCAGCCGGAUUAUAUGAGGAUUCUGGAGAACGCGAUACAGUUUGGACAACCAGUACUUCUGGAGAACAUCAACGAGGAGUUGGAUGCUGCACUGGAGCCGCUUCUACUGAAACAGACCUACAAGUCUGGAGGUGCUUUAUGUAUAAAAGUCGGUGACUCAGUCGUUGAGUACAGCGAUAAGUUCAGAUUUUACAUAACGACAAAGCUGAGAAAUCCACAUUACCUGCCGGAGGUCGCAGUGAAGGUUGCUCUCCUGAAUUUCAUGAUUACUCCUAGAGGUUUGGAGGAUCAGCUCUUAGGAAUAGCCGUAGCCAAGGAGCGGCCUGAUUUGGAAGCUGAAAAAAAUCAAUUGAUCGUACAGGGUGCUGCAAACAAAAAGAUGUUGAAGGAGAUAGAGGACAAAAUCCUGGAAGUUCUGUCCUCGUCGGACGAGAAUAUUCUCGAGGACGAAACAGCCAUCGGCGUCCUGAGCUCCUCUAAAGUCCUUUCGAACGAAAUCCAGGCUAAGCAAACGGCCGCUGAAGUCACCGAGAAAUCGAUUGAUGCUGCGAGAUUGCAGUACACACCCAUUGCAGUUUACAGCACUGUACUGUUCUUUACCAUAGCUGUCCUGGCAAACAUCGAUCCGAUGUACCAAUAUUCUCUCGUUUGGUUUGUCAAUCUGUUCAAGAGUACCAUCGAGAAUACUCCCCAGGUCGAGGAUAUUCAGCAACGACUUAGCGACCUCACCGAAUCCUUCACCUAUUCGCUCUACGUGAAUAUCUGCAGGUCUCUCUUUGAAAAAGAUAAACUACUCUUUUCUUUGAUUCUGGCUAUCAACCUGUUGAACAAGCAAGGCAAGGUUUCGAUGGUCCAUUGGAUGUUUCUGCUGACUGGAGGCGUCGGCCUCGAGAAUCCACACAGUAAUCCGAGUCAGUGGCUCCCGGCCAAAAACUGGGAUGAGCUCUGUCGGCUGAAUGGCGUUCCAGGAUUUUCGGGUAUCAGAGAAGCCUUUACCGAGGGAGUGAAUAAGUGGAAGCUCAUUUUCGAUCACACGGAGCCUGAGAGUUUGAGAUUCCCUGCGCCUUUUGAUGAGUUGACCCGUUUUGAGAAACUCUUAAUUCUCCGAUGCAUUCGACCCGAUAAGGUCAUACCAGCCGUACAGCAAUUCGUCGAGGUGGAAAUGGGAAAGCAAUUUGUGGAGUCGCCGCCAUUCGACCUGGCCUCAUCCUACGCCGACUCCUUCUGCUGUGUUCCUUUAAUAUUCGUCCUGACCCCAGGAGCUGAUCCUACGGCCAUCCUAUUGAAAUUCGCAGAUGAUCAAGGCUUCGGUACCAACAGGCUUUUCUCCUUAUCUUUGGGUCAGGGUCAAGGCCCCAUUGCCGUGACUCUUAUCGACGAGGGUAUUAAGAAUGGCACAUGGGUCGUCCUUCAAAACUGCCACCUGGCGAAAAGCUGGAUGCCUGUCCUGGAGAAGAUCUGCGAGAAUCUCACCCCAGAAACCGUCCAUCCGGAUUUCCGUUUGUGGCUGACCAGUUACCCGGCUGAACACUUCCCCGUGAGCGUCCUGCAGAACGGGGUCAAAAUGACGAACGAGCCACCGAAGGGACUUCGUGCAAACAUCAUUCGCUCCUACUUACAAGACCCGAUCUGCGACCCAGAGUUCUUCGAGACGUCGAAGCAGAAGCAGGCCUUUAAGAAUCUUCUCUUCUCGUUGUGCUUCUUCCACGCCAUCGUGCAGGAGAGGAGAAAGUUCGGCCCCAUCGGCUGGAACAAUCCUUACGAGUUUAACGAGACCGACUUAAGGAUCAGUGUUCUCCAAUUGAAGAUUCUUCUGGAUCAAUACGAGGACGUUCAGUUUACAGCGCUGAAAUAUCUGACGGGCGAGUGUAAUUAUGGCGGCCGCGUCACCGACGAAUGGGACAGGCGAACUCUGACUACGAUUCUGGCGAAAUUCUAUUGCGAAGAAACCGUCAAUAGCCCGAAGUACCUUUUGGACUCCAGCGCCAUUUAUUAUAUUCCUCAAGUGAGCGAACACGCUCAAUUUCUUGAAUACGUUAAAUCUUUGCCAAUGACGACGGCGCCCAGCGUCUUCGGCAUGAACGAGAAUGCCGAUAUCAUUAAAGAUCAGCAGGAGACCGAAUUGAUGAUGAGCUCAAUUUUACUGACCCAGGAACACAAGGACACCGCCGCUGGAGGCACCGAAGGUUCAAAGUCCCCGGAUGAAAUCACCUUUGACGUAGCUGCUGAUAUCCUCUCUAAGCUUCCGAAGAACUUUGACCUUGUCGAUGCUCUUGAGAAAUAUCCGACCUCCUACACUCAGAGUAUGAACACUGUCCUGGUCCAGGAGAUGGGUCGGUUCAAUAAACUUCUGAGCACCGUGAGGCGCAGCCUCGUAGAUGUACAAAAAGCUAUCAAGGGAUUAGUUAUUAUGAAUCCGCCGCUGGAAGAGGUUUACGGAUCCAUAAUCACGGGCAGGAUUCCGCUGAUGUGGAAGAAGGACUCUUAUCCAUCGUUAAAGCCUCUUGGCAGCUACGUGCAGGAUUUCUUGAGACGGCUUCAAUUCCUCCAAGUCUGGUACGAGGAAGGACCGCCCACGACUUUCUGGAUAUCUGGGUUCUAUUUCACUCAAGCAUUCCUGACGGGUGCCAGGCAGAAUUACGCAAGGAAAUAUUCGAUUCCGAUAGAUCUGUUGGUCUACGAUUUUCUUCCUUUGAGGCAGAGCAGUUUUUCCAAAGCCGCCGAGGACGGCGUCUACGUUUACGGGCUUUUCCUGGACGGCGCGCGUUUCAAUACGGAAACUAUGGAAAUGGACGAGUCGCUGACCAAGGUCCUUUACGAUACAGUGCCCUACAUGUGGCUGGUGCCUAUGAAGAAGGAUGACAUCGUGGAACGAACCUCCUACACGUGUCCCGUUUACAAAACGAGCGAAAGACGAGGUGUACUUUCGACCACGGGGCAUUCGACGAACUUUGUCAUCGCCAUGAGGCUGCCCACCAGUAAACCAUCCGAGCACUGGAUAAUGCGAGGCGUCGCGAUGCUCUGCCAAUUGUCGCAGUAGGAAUAA